AUGAUUUACACAUCCUUACCCAAUAGAGACACACUCAUCUCAGUGACCCAAGGAAUCCAAUUAAUGCCACCACCAUCAAGUGCAUCUCUCCACUCCAAUCUCAUUUUCAGCGUUCACCACCAAAACCCAAGAGUAUCAUCAUCUUCAAAAAACAGCAACAACUCCAUAAAACUAAUCCAUAUCCUGAAACCCAUCAUUGUUACCUCUGAUGAACAAGUACACCCACAAAAGAACAGCAAUACCAAGAGAAAUUGUAGGAUAACAGAGUCAGUACCCCAAGUGGGUCAUCAAGAUAUGUCAGUCCUGUGUGGGUUUGGGUAUUGGGUCCAAGGUUUCAGGUGUUUUCCAUGGUUGGCUCUCAACUUUCACAUGGCUCACACUCUUAACUUGGAUCCUUCAGUAUUGCAGCUUGUUCAGAACUCUGCUAACCUACCCAUGGUGGCCAAACCACUGUUUGGGGUAAUUUCUGAUGCUGUAUACAUCGGUGGUGCUCGUAGAAUACCUUAUAUUUCCAUUGGAGUCAUAUUGCAAAUUCUGUCAUGGGGAGGCAUAGCAUUGACCCCAGUUGUGGGUGAUGUUCUUCCUAUGCUAAUGGCAUGCAUUUUGCUCAGCAACAUUGGUGCAUCAAUCACAGAAGUUGCAAGAGAUGCUUUUGUAGCAGAGUACAGUCAAAAGCACAAAUUGGGUGGUCUUCAAUCUUAUGCUCUCAUGACACUAGCUGCUGGGGGAAUAUUAGGCAACCUAUUGGGCUGUUUUUUGUUAUUGAAAACACAACAAACCAAUACCAUGUUCUUCUUAUUUGCUCUCCUACUAUCCAUUCAACUUGCAAUUUCCUCAAAGACCAGGGAGGCUUCCCUCAGUUUGCCACAACCAUCAGGGCACCAUCUCACAAGGAAUUCUGUCUCAGAGAACCUAUGCAAGCAAUUCUCCAAUCUUCUUACUACAAUUAGUGAGGAGAGCAUUUCUCUUCCUCUCUUCUGGGUUGUAGCUUCCAUUUCUGUGGUUCCAAUUUUGUCAGGCACCAUCUUCUGCUACCAAACACAAUGUCUAAAGCUUGAUCCUUCAAUCAUUGGGAUGUCUAAAGUGAUUGGUCAAUUGAUGCUUCUAUCUGCAACUGUUCUAUAUGUUCGGUAUUGGAAAACAGUUCCCAUGAGGAAAUUGAUAGGUACCGUUCAGAUUGUAUAUGCAACUUCUCUUCUCCUGGACUUGGUGCUAGUGAAGCAGAUCAAUCUUAAGUUGGGAAUUCCAAACGAAGCUUAUGCCCUAUGCAUGUCAGGUUUAGCAGAAACCAUUGCUGAAUUUAAGCUCCUUCCUUUCUCAGUGCUGUUUGCAAAUUUAUGCCCACCAGGUUGUGAAGGAUUGCUCAUGUCAUUUUUAGCUUCAGCUUUUCGUUUAUCAUCCAUUAUCAGUGGGUUUAUGGGUGUUUGGUUGGCAUCUUUAGUAGGAAUUUCUUCUGGUGAUUACACAAGCUUGCCUGUGGGAAUUCUGCUACAAUUUCUUGCAGCUUUGGUACCACUGGUUUGGAUAUCUUUUGUACCUAUGUCACAAUCAGUAGGAAAGGAAAGGGGAAGAGUUGGGAGUAAAACAAGUAGGAGAAAUAGAAGAGUGGGAAGAUUGGUAUAUGAUUUUGUUCAUGCAAACCGGCGCGAGAGAGAAUAUGAGGUGGGGUGUGGAGAGGUGAAGAAAGCUGGUGAGCUGAAGAAGGAGAGAAAAGCAAGUGGAGGAAUCAUGUCAUUUUAG